AUUUACCGUACAGGAGGAAGUGAACCCAGACUUCUGUUUCUACUGGGCUCGUUAAUAUCAGACGAGAAAGACCAUCAUCACCACAUCGGACCAGACAUAUCCAGCUCUACACCAGUUAUCAACUCUGGACAGACCAUCAAGCGAGCAGCUGUGGAGGAGAGACGAGGUGGAGACGGAGAAGAAGGGGGAGGAGACUGAGGCUUCAUACGCAGCAGACCCCCUGUAGACCAUGACCGCAGGCCGCCCCGCGCCCCUGUCCUGAUGCAGCCCCCGGUCCACGCCCAGCUGGCGGCGUUGUGCCUCAGCCUGGUGAGCUGGACGCUGGGCGUGGCCUCUCUGGGCGUGGUGGAGUGGAGGGCGUGGCACGUGGAGGACCGCAGCGUCGUCACGUCGGGCGUGGCCGCGGUGGGCGUGUGGCGGACCUGCUUCCACAGCCAUGUGCUCGUCAGCCCCGGGCUGAGGGUCAUGUUCUGCCGCGGGAUGGGCGUGGCCGACGACUUCCUGCCCGAUGAGAUCACAGCGGUGCAGGUGGUGGUCCCGCUGGGCCUGGCGGUUGGGCUGGGGGGCAACGCCGCCGCCGUGGCCGCCCUGAGGGGGGUCUACGUCGGGCGGGGCUGGGGCGGGGCCCGGGCCUUCCUCUGGGCAGGGUGGCUCUGCGCGCUGUCGGCCCUGCUGUCCCUGGGGCCCCUGGCCUGGAACCUGCACUCCAUGCUGGGGAACCAAACCAUCGCCUUCCCCCCCGAGUUCCACCUGCCGGCAGAGCCCGUCCGGCAGAGCCCCGGGGUGGGGGUCAUCGUGGCGACGGCGGCCGCGGUGCUGAUGCUGAUCAGCGGCAUCAUGUUCCUCUGCUACCGGCCCCCCCCGGGCCCCACGGGGGCCCGGGGGGCGGGGCCUCGAGGCGGCGCCCUGUUGGAGGCGGGGCUAGACACCCUCCGUCUGAGGGGGUUCAGCGCCGCCACGGGGAAAGACAACGCCGGCUUUGAGCCUCACACACGCCUCUGAGACACUUAACUUAACUAAGGGGGUUCCAAAGACACUUAACUUAACUAAGGGGGUUCCAAAGACACUUAACUUAACUAAGGUGGUUCCCAAGGCACUUACCUUGACUAAGGUGGUUCCCAAGACACUUAACUUAAAUAAGGUGGUUCCCAAGACACUUAACUUAUAAGAUGGUACCCAAGGCACUUAACUUAACUAUGGAGGUGCCCAAGACACUUAACAUAACUAUGGAGGUGCCCAAGACACUUAACUUAACUAAGGUGGUUCCCAAGACACUUAACUUAAAUAAGGUGGUUCCCAAGACACUUAACUUAACUAUGGAGGUGCCCUAGACACUUAACUUAACUAUGUAGGUGCCCAAGACACUUAACUUAACUUUGUUGGUUCUCAAGACAUUUAACUUAAAUAUGACCACGCUGGCUUUGAGCCUCACCAACGCCUCUGAGACACUUAAAUGAUGACGUUCCCUCAGAGGGCUGCUGGCUCCAGGUCUUUAUUCUUAACAUUUACAUUUGGGGUGAGAGGGGCGGCUGUGCAGAGUCCAGGGGAACUCUGAACUCUGCACGAGUGUGUCUUGAGUCUAACCGAAGCUAAAGGCGUGAAUGCAAACCUUUUAAUGCAGUCCUUUGUUUCGGAGAGAACACGAACAGAGUUCCACCUACCUCAGGGAAGCCCGAAGGUCUCAGUGAUAGAUGGAGACCUGUGAGACCUCAUCCUAUAUCAGAUUCUAUCCACCCUAUGAGCGGUUAAUGAGGGUCAGAUGAUCAGAUGAAUGGGUGAAUUCAUGUGUUCACAGUACAUCGUUGUCCUGCUCGCCUCCCACCUUAGCCUUGCUAUCUUAAAUCAGAGACCCUCCUCUUCUCAGCGCCACCGAGCCAUACCGCCCACCUCCCUCCUGCCCCCCCCCCCCCCGGGUGCCGGAGCCCCCAGGGGCCCGCCCGACCCCUCCGGGUUCAGCCGCCGCUGCCGCCGCGCCGCGGGCUAUGAUUAGCUUCCUUGUUUGGCUAACAGAAUGUUCUGUCUCCGCAUGGAAGUCACAUGCCCCCCCCUCCCCAGCUGCUGCUUAGCAUACAAUGGGCCCCGGGGCCUCUGAUGUGGACCCCCGCUGGCCGCUGAUAGAGAGCCCCCACAGAGACAUAAUGACCACAUUGUAGUGAGGGCCACAAUGGAGGCUUUCACCACCAACAAGGUGGGGGGGGUGAGUGUCAUCGAUCAGGAAACAUGAUGGACAUUAACGUGUAAACAUUAUGGACAUUAACGUGUAAACAUUAUGGACAUUAACGUGUAAACAUGAUGGACAUUAACGUGUAAACAUUAUGGACAUUAACGUUUAAACAUGAUGGACAUUAACGUUUAAACAUGAUGGACAUUAAAAUGUAAACGUUUAGAUUUAGGGUGUUUACCAGAUGCUUUUACCCAGAGGGACUCACAAUAAGAACAUUAGUCAGAAGAAGAGAAACAACGAUGUAUCUCUGUGGGUACAGUAAGGAUGUUUAAAGAACCAAGUGCCAAGCACUAACAAUCACUAGGUUAACCCAUUCCCGUAUACAACACAGAUAGGAUAAGACGCUACACAACUAAGUACUUUUUUUAGUGGUGGUGGGUAGUGCUUAAGAGGGUGGGGGGGGGUCGAGGCUAUGCAGAGUACUGGUCGGCACACCUGGACGUUUCUCAGGCCUGUUGACCAGAUAAUACCGUGAAGCUGUGGGGGCAAUCGUUAUAAAAAAGGUGUUUGUCUUUGUUAAUCGUAGGACUGCUCUUGUAUAAUCAGUAUGACAGUCGUGCUACACAGGGACUACUCCUGGUAGGCUGAUCUGGUCUGUUUAUGAAUGCCGAACUCUCUUAUCAGCAGUUACCUGCAGAUCACAGUUCAUGUUUGUUGUUUUUUAUGUGGUUCUGCCUUGCAUUGUGUUUUAUAUGUUUUUGUCAUUGUGGAGACCUGGGAAUUGAUGGACAGGUCAUCUUUCUCCAAAAAUGUGAACUCGGACAGAAACAAAUCGAUCUCUUCCAUGUUUAUGUUGAUGUUACAUUGUUCCAGUUUGACUCGAUUUACUAGAUCAACUAUUAUAAAAACGGUCUGAAAAACACAAACGUACUUGUGUUCAUAAUCCAUAAUGCUAUCCUGAAGGAUAUCUGGUUAGAUUUAGAAUGAUUUCAAUAUUGGAAUUAAAUUCUAAAUAAAUUUAUGUAAAACCCUUGAUCACAACAAAUACAAUAUAUACUUUGACAUUUAUUAAUGAAAUUAUCAGCAUGUUUUACAUUUGUUUGCUAAAUGACAUUCAAGGUUUCUGAUAAAUUAUAUAUUAUGGUACAGUACAUUCAACUAUAACCUCUGGCAUCUGAUUGAAAUAUCAUCAUUAAAUAUAAUAUAUUCACCAACUGUUUUAUGUUGACGUCUAUGACAUUGUGGUCGAUUAAACAAUGACUCCUCA